UCUGCGAAAAUGUUGAAAUUGCUCGGCAGUCUGUUCUCGAAGAAGGUGAAAGUGCCUGGUAUUGCAGUAGUGAGAAAUGGCAACCCAUUCGCUGAGAUUCUGUCGACGGAUCCCGCCGCAAGUUCCUCGACUUCACCGACGAGAUCCACCGUUCAGCGGAUCGAGCUCAAGCGGCCCUGUGUCCUUGAGCUCUUUGAGAGGGAGCAGCAAAACGUUCACGAGGCCUUCAGAAUCAUCGACAAGAACGGAGAUGGAAAGAUCUCGCAGGACGAGCUGGGAGCGAUGUGGGAGAGGCUGGGCGAGAAGGUGACAGACGAGGAGCUGCGGCUGAUGGUCGAGCAGGCCGAUACGAACGGGGACGGAGUGAUCGAUCUGGACGAGUUCGUCAUCCUCAGCAGGAACAUCGGAUUGGGAGGCCAUGAUCACGAUCUCGAGAAGAGGGCCGAGGAGCUCAGACUCGCCUUCAACGUAGCCGACUCCGAUCGAGACGGCUUCAUAUCGGCGGCCGAUCUGCAGAAGCUCAUGAGAAGACUCGGCAAGCGAAAAGCAACCAUCCGCGAGACCACGACCAUGGUCAAAUGUGUGGACUCCGACGGUGACAGCAAGAUCGACUACCAAGACUUCGAGAAGCUCAUGUCGUCCACUGUCCUCACGCAUCAUAAAAAGCACUGAACCGUAUCUGAAUGUACCUCCCUACUGACCUGCACGCAUUGCUAAACACACUCUCACUCUUUCCAUACCACCGACAGUCUCGUCGCCGGGUGGGGCUUGAAUUUGCAGUAGUGCAGUAGAAGUAGUAGCAUCAGCAGCAGCAGCGCACAGGAUAUUGAGUUGAUUUAAGAAAUCAGGAGUUUGGAUCUUCUUUUUUCAGACGUCCGCCCGUGCAUUCGAAGCCCGAAGAGCUGCAGCUCUUUCAGCACGAGUAGCAAGGAGGUGGACGUCUGUUCUCGACAGCAGCAGCAGCGA